GUAUAGAAAAUCAAUGUAUUAUUUUUAUGGCUUCGCGAAAUCAUCGCACCAAAUUAUUUCCACACCACUCUACCUCAUUGCAACUAAUCAAACACUAUAGACUAUAAUAGACAGUAGCAUGUUCGACCUACCAACACAUCUCCCAAACGAACUUCCAACUCAUUUACCCAAUCAACCUACACAUACUGAACCCGUACAAGAACCUACAGAAGACAUACUUGACGAAGAGCAGCAAGCUAAACCCAACCCCAACGAACCAAUCUACAUUCCUGGAACAAACAUAACAUUACAGACCGAAGAAGACAUCGCCAAAUGGAUCGAAGAAAGAAAGAAAAAGUGGCCGAGUAAACAAGUAGUGGCCAAGAAGCUCGAACAGAAACAGAGCGAAAUUCAACAGAAGGAAGAUAGGAAACGACCUGCUGAAUCAAAAGAAGCUCCCGGUAAACGUACCAAAGCCGUCUGCCGCUUUUACCAACAGAACAAAAAGUGCAAAUUUGGCAACAAGUGUAAGAAUCUACAUGUCAUUGAAGCAAAUCCUCUCGCUGGUCACGAACUCACUCAUUAUAAACGCACAGUCAAUGGCAUACCGGUGCUUAUCCCUAAGCUAUACUCCAACAGAACCCACAACACUCCUUCAAAGUCCUCACUAUUCAAACAUUUAAUCUCGCGAGAUCAGCUGGUAGAGAACGAUCAAAUCAUAGAGUUUAUUAAGUUUCUCGAUAAACAAGGUCUCAUAGAUCAUAACGUACAUAUCUAAACUAAGUCUCCUUCGUACUUCUUGAUUGCAUCAAACAAUAUACUGCAUUGUUUAGCAACAUCACCCAAUUUCCCAAUAACCUUACCAUUCCCCUCGCCGAACCCAUAGAUGGAGUACUUUAACCCCACUUUCUUACAAAACAGAAUAACCAAUGGCUGGACUCUUCUGAAAUUAUGACGUGGGAGUCGUGGGAAUAAAUGGUGGAUAGCUUGGAAUUGUAAACCUCCAUGGACAAAGUCAAACCAUUCGGGACAAUCCACAUCCAUGGUGGUUCUCACUUGUCUCGACACAAACGACUCACUGACUCCAAGGUCGGAGGUAGACAUGGCGAAAUGGGAAAGGGUGAUUUGCACAUGGACCAACAUGGUGGUGAUAUGACUCACCAUGACGUAGUUAAAUCUAUUCCAUCCACCAUCAAUGCUCUUAAAUACAAGCAAAUAGAAGAACCAAUAAAAGAAAAACGACAUUCCCAUCAACUCGAAAUAUCUAAACCAGGCAGCCUUACCGUGUCUUGGUCCAUCCCCGUUGAUUAAAUGGGCCCAGGAAAGACGAUACAAGUUGAAUCUUCCAAAACAAAGUAUAGGGUAAUACAUAAAGUGUUGAAUUGGAAUUAAUGCUUGUGCAAACUUGUCAAACCACAAGUAUUUCUUGUAGUAUGUAGAAUAGAUCGAGUCGAAUAAUCUGACACUCACGGCAAAGAAUGGUAAAUGUUGAAUGUCAGGGUCAUGCACGGGGUCAUUUGGGAUCAAAUGAUGAACAUUGUGGUUUCUCUUCCACCAGGUUAAACUCAACCCCCCAAACCAAUCGGCAAUGAGAAUUCCGAAAAUAUUGUCAAAUUGAUAAUUAUGGGUAAUGGCAACGUGACCGGCAUCAUGGGCUAUGAAAGUAGCUUGGUGCCAGGCACACCCCAUGCAAAAUGCACUCAAGAAAAGGUAAUUCAACUUGAGGAACGAAAAUGAAAACAACAUAAGCGAACUAAUCUUCAUUAUUUCUCGAACAUAGUCCCAAUAAUUACACUGGUAGAACCCAUUCCUGAUAACCAAAUCAUGCAAUGCAUUAUACUCAUCGCGUAAAUGUUGCUGAGUCUCGUAGUCCAAUGCCGGUAACGAGUUUAAAUCCUCACGAGUCAAGCCAUUGUCGUAAUUAUCCAUGAGCGUCUUGGGAUUAACAAUGGUUUCUACGUCCACAAUAGGGAAUAACUCAUCGGUGUUCUCCUUGGUGACAAGUACAUUCUGAGGCACAACAGGCACAACUUUCCCAUCGGGUUUUCCAAUUCCAUUGAACUCCUCGACGUCAUUAAGAGUAGAACUAGAACUGUUGAACUCGGUGUCGGAAUCCACUUUGUCCACACUGACCUUAUGGUACACUCCUCCGUGGAUAGGAGGCAAGAGAUUUUCCCAUUUAUAGUCAAUUUCGCCGAUCUUCCACUUGAGGAAUGUGCUCACCGUCUCGUCACAAUGAUACGCAUUCAUUUCAUCGGUAGCAUCACGGCCAAUUAAGUGAUACACGGCCAUGUCUCCACCAGGAUGCUUGUGUAUCCAAUGGGUCAAGUUCAAGACAUGGUUCUUGUAUAUGACGAUGGCUUUCCCAGAUGUAAUAUGGUUGAUAAUCUCUUGUCUGGCAAGGAUCUUAGGUUUUCUUGCGGUUGUACCCAUGAUUAUAACGAGUGAAUGGGAACCAAACGGAAUAAAAAGAGUU